AGAAGAUGAGAGUGGAAGGCACAGAGUAGAGGCACAGCGGGGACACUCACAAUUCACAUCAAAACUAGCUACUACUGUCGUUGACUGAGGUGGUCCACUCUCCUGCAGGACUGGCUGUGAUGAUGGAGAAGGCUGCACUGCUGCUGUUCUGUUGCCUGGUCAUGUCCUUAUCCGGCUCCCCACUCUACCCAUCAAUCAGGUUUGGCCAAAGGGACACGUCCAUCCUGAUGAGAGCGUCCAUGAACAGCCCAGCUGAGCCGCUGGAAGAGGACGCACCCACGGAGGGAGCAGAACCGCGGUGGGUUUCUGGAUGUGAACUCAGACCAUUGAACAUGUCGCCUCAUGGUUCAGAGCGCCACGCUGAUGCCAUCUUCACAAACAGUUACAGGAAGGUCUUGGGACAAAUCUCUGCCAGGAAAUUUCUCCAGACAAUCAUGGGCAAGCGGUUCGGAGAUGAAAGUGAGAGCUACAUGAAACGUCAGGCAGACAUCUACGAGGGGACCUAUAAGGAAGACCUUACAUCCAUCCAUAACGACCAGCGAUACCGAGGGUCGCAUGGGCAUCUCAUGACCACCUGACGCCCGAGUUGAGGACAAGCUGACCAUCACAGUUUGUUUUCUUUUAUUUCCUCAAAUAUGUUCUCUCCAAAUUGCUUCCAUAAUCUUGUCUUAUUCAUUAUAAUGAAAGUAUAAUUAUUAUAUCUUAUUAAAGUGGCGA